AUGUCUCUAUUCGCGUCCUUCUUUGGCUGCUUCGUUUCAAACUCUGGCUCAAAGAUUAACUCAAUCGAUGGUAGUAAUACUAGUAACUCAAAAGUCAUGUCUCUGGAGAAACCAAAAAGAAAAAGUGAUACUUCAAGAGCUCCGAUCAUAGUGUCUUAUUUUCCAGUAGGUUCGAAUCUUUCACGUUUAUCUACAGAGAUGAAAGGUGGUGAAACCAAAGCUCAAGCGAAGAGCACUAACGAUAAGUUGAAAACGAGAGGGAAGAAAGCUGGUAAGAAAGUUAAGGAUCCAAACAAGCCUAAGAGGCCUCCAAGUGCCUUCUUCGUCUUCCUGGAGGGAUUCCGUAAGGAGUUCAAUCUAGCUAACCCUGAUAACAAAUCAGUUGGAGCUGUUGGUAAAGCUGCUGGAGCCAAAUGGAAAUCCAUGACUGCUGAAGAUAAAGCUCCUUAUGUAGCAAAGGCUGAGACCAAAAAGACUGAAUACACCAAGACUAUGCAAAAAUACAACAUGAAAUUGGCUAAUGGAACGAGUACAGCUGGAGAUGAUGACUCUGACAAGUCCAAGUCUGAAGUCAAUGAUGAGGAAGAUGCUGCUAGUGAUGAGGAGGAAGAUGAUGAUUAA